CGACGUCAGUGGGCGUCGGUGCCGAGCCCCUCACCCUCCUUCGGCACUCGUGACGCGGAGCUGCCGUGCUCAGCGUGCCUGGAUCAUCCGCCCGCCGCCGGACAGCCGCCUCCUCUUGCUCUCCUCCCACUCGCCUGUGCCCGCAGCCCCUCCGCUCCUUCUCCGACAGUCGUGCAGCGCGAAGAUGGCGGCGUACAAAUUCCUGCUGCCUCCUCUGGGCCGCCGCAUCCUCCUUCCUGCCGCGCGGGCGCGGGGCGCCGAGGCUUUUGGAUGCUAUUUUUCUACCAGCUGUCAUCGCAACACCAAAUUUUAUACUGAUCCUGUUGAAGCUGUGAAAGAUAUACCGAAUGGGGCAACUAUACUUGUUGGUGGUUUUGGACUGUGUGGGAUUCCUGAAAAUCUCAUUGGGGGUUUAUUGAAGACUGGAGUAAAGGGUAUUACAGCAGUCAGUAACAAUGCAGGUGUUGAUAAUUUUGGACUUGGUCUUCUGCUUCAGACUAAGCAGAUAAAGCGCAUGGUGUCGUCAUAUGUUGGAGAGAAUGCUGAGUUUGAACGCCAGUAUUUGUCUGGUGAGCUUGAAGUUGAGCUUACACCUCAGGGUACACUUGCUGAACGUAUUAGAGCAGGAGGAGCAGGAAUCCCAGCAUUUUACACCAGUACUGGUUAUGGGACGCUGGUUCAGGAAGGGGGGGCACCUAUCAAGUACAAUUCAGAUGGCACCAUUGCUAUUGCUAGCCAACCAAGAGAGGUGCGAGAGUUUGAUGGUCGUCACUUUAUUCUAGAAAAGUCCAUUACAGGAGAUUUUGCUCUUGUGAAGGCGUGGAAGGCUGAUCGUGCAGGAAACAUCAUUUUCAGGAAAACUGCUAGAAACUUCAAUCAACCAAUGUGCAAAGCUGCCAAGACAACUGUGGUGGAGGUGGAAGAAAUUGUUGAUAUCGGAGCAUUUGCGCCAGAAGAUAUUCAUGUUCCCAAAAUAUAUGUUGAUCGCCUGAUACAAGGAGAGAAGUUUGAAAAGAGGAUUGAACGCUUAUCAAUCCGAAAGCCUGAAGACUCAAAAGCCAAACAGAAGUCAGGAGACAAUGUGAGGGAGAGGAUCAUCAGACGGGCUGCUUUAGAGUUUGAGGAUGGCAUGUAUGCUAAUCUGGGUAUUGGAAUCCCGCUGUUGGCCAGUAACUUCAUCAGUCCAGACAUAACUGUUCACCUACAGAGUGAAAAUGGAGUCCUAGGUUUGGGUCCGUAUCCACUUGAAAGUGAAGUUGAUCCAGACCUGAUUAAUGCAGGUAAGGAGACAGUCACUGUUCUUCCUGGUUCUUCUUAUUUUUCUAGCGAUGAAUCAUUUGCAAUGAUAAGAGGAGGCCACGUUGAUUUGACAAUGCUUGGAGCUAUGCAGGUGUCUAAGUAUGGCGACCUGGCCAACUGGAUGAUUCCUGGUAAAAUGGUGAAGGGAAUGGGAGGUGCCAUGGACCUGGUAUCUAGUGCUCAGACAAAAGUGGUUGUUACCAUGGAGCACUCAGCCAAGGGCAAUGUCCAUAAAAUCUUGGAAAAAUGCAAUUUACCGCUUACUGGGAAGCAAUGUGUAAACCGCAUCAUUACAGAGAAGGCUGUGUUUGAUGUAGACAAGAAAAAGGGGCUCACCCUUGUGGAAAUCUGGGAAGGACUGUCAGUGGAUGAUAUCAAGAAAAGUACUGGCUGUGACUUCACAGUUUCUCCAAAACUGAUACCAAUGAGGCAGAUUUAAACCUGCAGCAGAGUCUGGGCUUGACUUGCCAGAAGGCUUGUUUCGAAAUGGGAGCUCAGUGAAGAGGAAUCGAUGGCUGUUUUGCAGUUUUACUGUUUUUCUUUUUUAUUAUUAUUAUUUAAGGGCUUUGUAGGUAGUUUCCAGAUAGUUAAGCUCAGGCUGUGACUAUCAGCCUAAAUGGAAUUUUUCUUCCAUAGCAUUACCAAUUUUAAUGGAAUUGUGAAUAUAUUCCCAAAAUUUCAAAUAAUGUUAUACUGAAAUGAUAGUGAACACUGUCAGAAAAAAACGCCUUGUAGUCUCACUGCCAAAUAGUACAUUUUUUACAGAGAUUCACAAAAUGACAGUGCAAUCUUAAAAUUGCCUCUGCUUUUGCUGCUGUCACUAAACUUACAGAUCACCCUGUUGUUCUGUAACUACAGCACUUACUAUGUUCUUUCCCUUUUAAAGGUGUGGGUUUUCUUGUGGAGUGGUGUAUAGCAAAUGCAUGCAGCUAAAGAGAGACAUCAGUAAUGUGGACUUCUCUUUUCCUGAACCUUUGAAUAUGUCUUUGAGUGAACUUUUUGUAUCAAUGGAAACAUUUGGGUCCUUAGCCCUGAAUGUA